AUGUCAACACAUCCUAUCACCAAAAUUCUUAACAAGAAUAGUCUUGAGGGCCCACACUUCAAUCAGUGGCUCCGCAAUUUGAAAAUUGUAUUGACAUUCGAUAAGAUCGCUUAUGUCUUACAAAAUGCACCUCCUCACACUCCAUUGGCUGAAAAUGCAACCGAUGAGCAACGUGUUGCUUAUCAAAAUCAUAAGGAUAAUGACACUCAAGCUAAAUGUGUUAUACUUGCAUCCAUAAACUCACAAUUUCAGAAGCAACAUGAGAAUAUGGAUAACGCCAUUUCUAUAUUAGUCCAUCUCACUGAAUUGUUUGGUGAGAGAAAUAGAAAUGUGCGAUUCACAGCUGUCAAUGAGCUUAUUAAGACAAAGCAUGUGAGGGGUGCUUCUGUGCAUCAACAUGGUCUCAAAAUGAUAGGACUCAUUGAGCAAAUUCAAGACCUAGGUUUUGCACUUGAUGCGGGGCUAGCUCAAGAUCUUCUUCUUUCCUCCCUAGAUGAUUCAUUUUCUCAGUUCAUAAUGAACUACAAUAUGUAG